CUCCAAGGCAUACUCCAAGGCACUCCAAAGCAACAUGGUUGGAAAUUUUCUUUUGUUUCUAAUGCUCUUCUUUGGGAUGAACAUUUGCAGCGGCUCUGGAAAUCCAUCGGAAGUUCUUUGCAUUGAGAGUGAGAGAGAGGCCCUUUUGAGAUUCAAGAAAGGGCUUGUAGAUCCUUUGAAUCGUCUCUCGUCGUGGGAUGUUAAACAAGAUUGCUGCAAAUGGGUUGGCAUCAGUUGUGACAACUCGACCGGGUAUGUCAAAGAGCUCAUACUUGCAAAUAAUGAAUUCUUGGAAGCUUACCAAUUAAAGGGAAAUGUAAGCGACUCUAUCUUGAAUUUGAAGCACUUAACUCACUUUGAUCUUAGUAACAAUGAUUUUGAAGGAGUACGAAUUCCAAGUUUUUUAGGAUCAAUGGUGAGUUUGCGUUAUCUUAACCUCUCACGCGCAAGAUUUAGUGGAUUGAUACCUCAUGAACUGGGAAAUCUAUCAAACUUGAACCAUCUUGGUUUGGGAGGUACCUACCCACCUCUAUAUACGGAAAAUCUUGGAUGGCUUCAUGGUUUGCCUUCUCUAUUGAAGCUAAAUUUGAUGCAUGUAGACCUUAGUAACGCAUCUUCUUGGUUACUAGACAUAAAUAAGCUUCCCUCGCUUCAAGAAUUAUAUUUAUGGAGGUGUAAACUUGUUGAUUUUGCUCCUCUAGAUCAUGUCAAUUUCACUUCUCUCUCAGUUCUUGACAUUUCGUCGAACAACUUCAAGUCUUUCCUACCCAAAUGGAUAUCAAAUCUCAGUAGUCUUGUUUCACUUGAUCUAAGUCGUAAUGAUUUCCAAGGUCCAAUUCCAUGUGCUCUUCAAAACAUGUCAGCCCUUUCAUAUCUUGACCUAUCAAGCUCAGGUUUCAAUUCUUCAACCAUACCUAGUUGUCUCUACACUCUCCACAAUCUUCAACAUUUGACCCUUCGUAAUCUUGGCUUAAAUGGGGGAAUCUCAAAUAAUAUUGCCAACUUAACAAAUCUUGUUUCGAUCGACCUUUCCAACAAUGAGCUGGAUGGAAGAAUACCAAGAUUGAUAGGAAACCUUUGCAAUUUGGAAAAAAUCAAUCUUUCCAACAAUAAACUUGCUGAAAAUAUAUCAGAAAUCUUUGAGAGCUUCUCUGGUUGUCUCAUGGAUAGUUUGAUUUCAUUGGAUUUGUCGUAUAAUAAAAUUUCAAGUCAUUUGACGGAUAAAAUUGCAAAAUUAAAAAAUUUGUCAAUCCUUGACCUUGCUAGAAACUCGAUCACUGGUCCUAUUCCAGAGUCCAUAGGAAAUUUAUCUUCACUAACAACGUUAAACAUUAACUACAAUGAACUAAGCGGAACUCUUCCAAAGAGUAUGGGAUUCCUAUCAAGUCUGCAAGUACUUACAGUAUCUGAUAAUCACUUGGAAGGCAUACUAUCGGAGGAUCACUUUGCAAAUCUAGCAAAUCUAGAGAUUUUGGAAAUGAAUGACAAUAAUUUCACACUGAAUUUUGCAACAGAAUGGAUUCCUCCUUUUAAUCUCUAUAUGAUAAGGCUGAGAUCUUGCAUCGUAGGCCCCCAAUUCCCCAAAUGGCUCAAAUCCCAAAAAAAGUUAAGUUGGGUUGAUCUCUCUAAUGCUAAACUUUCAGACACCAUUCCAGAUUGGUUUUGGAGUUGGUCUUCACAGUGUAUUUACCUGAAUCUCUCUCACAACCAACUCUAUGGAACACUUCCUCAUAUUCUUUUCACGGGUAAUAUCUCAAUCAUGGACCUUCGCUCCAAUCUUUUCCAUGGUUCAUUGCCUCGUUUAGUAUCCUCCCCUGCUCAGCUUGAUCUUUCAAACAAUUUCUUCUCUGGAAACAUUACCCAUUUCCUAUGUCGUUCUCAGUUCUUAGGGAUCUCUGUUCUUCAUCUUGGUAACAAUUUUUUAUCAGGAAACAUUCCAAACUGCUGGGAGAAUUGGGAAUCACUACAAGUUCUAAGCUUGGACAACAAUAAUUUGUCUGGCAUGAUACCAACCUCCAUGGGGUCUCUAACCAUAUUAGUAUCGUUGCAUUUACGAAACAACAGCCUUUCCGGAGUGAUUCCUCGGGCUCUUCAGAGUUGCUUGGAGUUGAGAGCUUUAGAUCUCAGUCUAAAUGCCUUCCAUGGAAAAAUACCAGCAUGGAUUGGGAUGAGCCUAUUGAAACUAAUGACUCUCAACCUUGGGAACAAUGAGAUAAGUGGCCUAAUCCCGAAGGAACUUUGUCAUCUUUCAUAUCUUCAAAUCAUGGACAUCAGCAAUAACAACUUAAGUGGGUCUAUACCUCAUUGUUUUGGCAAUUUUACGUCCAUGGCUACCAAGAGGGACCUAUCACAACGUUUUCAUUUUAUCUUUAACAAAGGCUACGCUAUCGCGAUUCUCGAGAAUGCAUAUGUGAGAACUAAAGGAAGCGAGCUCUAUUAUGAUACCAUCUUGGCACUCAUGACUAGCAUCGACCUCUCUAACAACAACUUAUCCGGAGAAAUCCCUGAAGAAAUCACCAACCUCUUUGCACUGAGGUCUCUCAAUCUCUCAAUAAACCAUCUAAGAGGAACCAUCCCAGACAGAAUCGGAGGCAUGAAGGAUUUGGAGUCUCUUGAUCUCUCAAGGAACCAACUCUGGGGACGAAUACCACCGUCCAUGUCGGAGUUAUCGUUCCUAAGUUACUUGAAUUUGUCUUACAAUAACUUGUCGGGUCCAAUUCCGACAGGUACUCAGCUCCAAAGGUUUACUCCGUUUAGCUUUAUUGGCAAUGAGCUGUGUGGAGAUCCAUUAAACAAGAGCUGCGGAAUGGAGGGUGUCACCCCAAAAUUUGGGAAUGAAAAUGGAAAAGAAAGUGAGGGAGGAAGUAUUAUUGAUGGGUGGUUUUAUCUGAGCAUGGGAAUUGGGUUUGUGUUUGGGUUUUGGGGGAUUUGGGGUCCAUUGUUACUCAGUAAGGCUUGGAGAGUAAAGUACUUCUUGUCUGUAUGCCACAAACUCGCAUAGCUCAGCGAUGUGCUUCUUGUUCUCUCUUGUUCUGUUUUGUUCUUUACAACACAUGUCAUCAAGCUUCCAAAUGCCCUGAAACUCAAUGGAAAAAAUGUAUUUUUGGGCUUUAAGCCAAAGAUGAGAAACAUUAUCACUAUUCGAAAUCGGUAAAUCGAGACUCCAACAAAAAAAAAUUUACAGGAAAAAAACUAGCUCGAUUGAACAUAACUCAACAGGUUAAAGCAUAUGACCUCAACUAAGAGGUCAAAUUCCCACACUCACUUGUUUCUGAUAUCUUUUUAUCAGUUGUUGUUGUCUAAAAUAUUAUGCAGAUUUUCACUGAUGCCGGUUAAUAUGUUAUUCGUUUUGGUGCUUCUGAUCCUGUCUCGAAGACAAGCUCGAGCACUAAUGGUUGAUUUCCUUUCGUUGCCAUUGGUGAGUAGAUUUGAAUUGCUGGACAUACGAAGGCUUCUGGUAAAUUCCCGAAGUGUAAUAAGCAUGUGGAAAAAGAAUAAACAUGACACCAAAAACAAGGAUGUUUAUACUACAAAA